AUGAAUUUGAUGAUCUUUCUAACCACUUUGGUCUUAACUCUAAUUAGUGGAGCAACAGGCCAGAUUACUUGUGCUUCUGCUUGGAGCCAAUGUGGUGGAACUAAUUACAAUGGAACAACUUGCUGUGUCAGCGGAGCCACUUGCUCUGUUCUAAAUCCUUAUUAUUACCAGUGUAUCCCAAGUACUCAGAAGGUAUCUGGAUCGGGCUCGACGACCUCUAGUGCUGUCUCCACCUCAAAUGUAGGCGUAACGACAACUUCGAUUUACACGACCAGUACUUCCAUUCCCACGGCAACCGCCACUCAACCAGCAUAUCCAUCUGCAGAUGCCAGCUCUUGUGGAUCUUGGACACUCGUCGACAAUGUUUGUUGUCCUUAUUACUGCUUAUCCAACAAUGAAUCAGAGUCUUGCACCAGUGGCUGCACGGGUGGCUGUGGAUCUCCUGACUCGUCAAUGUGCAAGUCUGGUACUACGUGGGGAGAGCAACUGACCGUUGGGUCAGAUGAAGACUGGCACUAUAGUCGCUCAACACAUUUUGGACUUACCAGCGGAGGAGCUUGCGGUUUUGGACUCUAUGGUCUCUGCACGAAAGGUAGUGUCACCGCAAGCUGGACAGACCCGAUGCUCGGUACAACUUGCGAUGCGUUUUGUACUGCAUAUCCGCUUCUAUGUCGGGAUCCAUCAAACGUCACUUUAAGAGGGAACUUUGCGGCACCAAAUGGUGACUAUUAUACCCAGUUCUGGCCUUCAUUAAGCGCAGCUUCACCUGGUGAUCCAGAUAACUAUCUUUCGUGCGGAGAAUGCUUUGAACUCAUCCGCACCAAGGCCGAUGGAACCGACUACGCUGUAGGGGAGAAUGGGUACACUGACCCCAUAUACUUGGAAGUAGUGGACAGCUGUCCCUGCGACGCCAAUUCUAAGUGGUGCUGUGGCUCUGGUGCUGAUCACUGCGGCGAGAUUGACUUCAAAUACGGCUGUCCCCUUCCUAAAGACAGUCAUCAUAUGGACCUAUCAGACAUUGCGAUGGGCCGCUUGCAAGGUAACGGUAGUCUUACUGAUGGGGUAAUUCCUAUUCGCUAUCGACGUGUUCCAUGUCCCAAGCCCGGAAACGCAUACAUCUGGUUGCGGGACGGUGGCGGAGCAUAUUAUUUCGCUUUGAGUGUGGUGAAUACGAACGGUAUCGGAUCUGUCACUUCGGCCGAGGUAAAAAGUGCAGGUUCAAGUUCCUGGGUCGCGCUUGAUCACGAUCCAAACUACACUAGCAGUCGGCCGCAAGAGCGAUAUGGCGCUUGGGUACUACCCCAAGGUGCUGGACCAUUCUCGCUGCCUAUUGGUAUCAGAGUUACUUCACCAGAUGGACAACAGAUUGUGAAUGAGGGAGCCAUCACAUCCUUCACUGCGCCAUCUGGGUCGGUCGCGGGAUUCUACUACAUUGACCUUGGUGUCCAAUUUACUUAG